CUGGGGGCUGCGAGUUACGAGCUUGCUCUUUCUGCCUUUUAUUUUAUCUGCUCGGCGGUAGCAGCCGCAUAAAAAAUUAGCACCCGUCUCUUUCGCGAGUACUUCGUCGCCAAACACCUGAUCGUGAUAUUGCGAAAAACGAGUAAGUAGGGAAGUUAUCGGAAAAAUUCGGAAUAAAGAGAACCCCCAACUGUAGGGAAACUAACCUCGAUCAGAAGUGAAACACUACCGUUUGUCGUUCUUCAAGAAUCAAAAGAUAACGUCAAAUCCACAGUAGAGAAGUCAGAAGCGAUCUUCCGUUUUUAUCACCAAGGAAGUGAAGAAGAGAAAAAAUCUUCAAAACCGCCACCAUCUUUAGGAAAGAGGUGUUGCGCAGGCGCAACUGCUGUCGCAGGAUGAUGAGGUGAAUCGUUAUGUAGUCGAAGAGAGAUACGUGGACGUGUUUGGAUAUUUCGGAGAUUAGAAACGUUUUCUUUUUCCUAUAGGUUCUUCGCCUUGUGAAAUCACCAUUUUCCUCGCAAUAGGUGUUUAAAAAACUCAGCCUAGGCAUGUUUUCGAUAUUUUUCGUUACCUAAUUUUAUCAGGCGAGUAUUAUCUCCCUUCUCCGGUAUUGUUUGUAUGCGAAUAAGGAGGAUGUAAAAAAAAAAAUGAGUUUAGAAAAUUUUCUAGAAGGUGAGUCAAGUUUUUUAAUCUUCGGAUUUGAUCUAAAUUUAAGAAAUAAAUGAUAUAAAUUUCAAUAGCUAAUACCGGAUUUUUUUUAGUAUUUAUGAAUUAACUGUGUUAUAAAAUGAUAAAUGUUUUAAAUUGCUGUUAAACCAAAUUUUAAAAUGUAUAAGUAUUUGUUUAAAUGUAAAAUUAGAAUGCGAGUUGUUUUUUGUAUUUUCAAAUUUCAAGUUUUGUAACAUAAACUUUAUUCUCAAAUUAUUUGAUUGUUUUUAUCAACCAGUGCUAUAUUUAAUUAAAAAUUCAUAUCUACUUUAAAAAGCAUCAUAUAUCCAAUUCAGCAAAAUAAUUAUAUUUAAUCUUGCAUUUUAAUUUCUGGCUAAAUCCGUCAUCUAUAUAAAGAUAAGACUUAUGAAAACAUUAUAUUCUAACAGCUAUGCAACUGAUGAAUCAUAUUUUUCUUUCAACAAAUUAGAAGUAACUUUUUAUUUAGUAGAUUUUGAAUUUAAUUUUUUCACUAAUGACUACUUUCAAAGAAAUAAAAGAGCAUCGAAGGUUGAAGAAAAUCUCUAACACAACGAAAAAACCUCCUUAAAUAUUCAAAUUUUAGCAUUUGAUCCAUAACAUAAUGAAAAAUCAAAAAGUCAUUAAAAAGUAUUGCGUUCAGUAAUCAGUAUUAAAAGUGUUAUUUCAAAUAGACUCAAUUUUCUAUAAAAUUUUCUAACUCGUAUCUCAUACACGUGUUGCAUAAUCUUCUUUAUAAAUGUUUCAAUGUAUUAGUUAUUUAAAAGUGUUUAUAUAGAAUAAAAGUGAAGUAUUUUUUUAAUAUUUAUAUGUUAUACCGGCACUGGUAAAUAUUACGUUACGUCCGUGAUUCUUCCGAUACAUUUGCGGUAGAUAUGGUGUUAAAUGUGAAUAUUUGAAUUGUUUUUGUUCCUGUGUCUGUGUUUUUUAUAAAUUAGGUAACAAAUAUAUCGAAAACAUGUCUAGUGAAAGGUGAGAGCAGCCAUUUUUGGACUCUGAAUAUUCUGCACAUUUAAGUGAAAUAGACUGCACUUCCUUGUAGAACACUUAACUGCAAAAACUUUUUAUUUCACUCUCAGCUUGAUAAACUGUUAAUCGUUGAUUUCACUAAUAGAGAAUAAAUGAAAAUGUGUUGAGUUCAUUCCAGCACAGCACUUGAGACGAAAGAAGAGGAAUACUAAGAACCACUCUUUUUAGACUCACUCGAAGAUUAUUGGUUUUUCAAAUAUAUGUUUUAGUAUUUGGAGGAGUAGAACCGACAGACUGUUAGAGACACAAAUCUGAUCUGUUUCCCCGAGUUGACAUUUUCAAGCUAACCUUUCCGGAGAGCUAGAUUCGACAAAAAGAUGGAAGACAUCUUUUUCUGGAAUCAUUUCUUUUAUUCUUGCAACUGACAAAACAACUUCCUUCUUGAAACAAAACAUCAUAUAUUGUCCUUAUAUUGAUUUAAGAGUUCUAUACAGAAGAAGGCCGAUACCGUAAUAUUGUAUUAAAAGCAUUUAAGUUAAUAGAAAACAAUGACGAGUUGAUUUUUCUUUAGAAUCCAAAAGCAGGUUUGAUAGGAAAAGAGAAAAGAGAGAAUUGUCACAUCUGCAUGCUUUUAAUUUGGACUUAUUAUUUACGAAAUGCGAGGAAGCAUUUGGCAUAUACGCGCUUUUCGUUUUACUUAACCGCUUGAGUUGUGAACACACUUGAGUAUCGAUCUCGAAGUUUUAACGAGGAAAUUAAUAGGAAAAAAAAUCAAAAGAAGGAAUAAAAGCCAUUUCAAACGCGGAAAGGUUAUUGAUAUUAUUUUCGGCAGCAUCCGGACUACAGUUCAGGGACGAAUGUUGCAGCCUAUUGGGCGAAGAGAGAAGACGAAUCGAAGAACACGUCUUGCAGAACAGCCCAUAGCCUAACGUGCUUUAAGAAAAGAGAAAAAAAAUAAUAUUAGAAUCUGAGAGAAUCGGUGCUAGGGUGCUAGUCGACAUCGAAGAAGCCUUCUUCCUGUGUCUUCCCGAUGGUUCCCUGAAGUAUCCGGAUCGUCCGCGGGAGUCUCAUGGAGGAGACUACACUGAGAGGGGUCGACGAAUGGAACGUGACGGGGGCUCUGAGUCCUCACGAGGAGUGUAUGAAGGAGCGCAAGUGGUGGUGUUUCCUUCUGUCGAGCGUGUUCACAUUCAUGGCGGGACUCUUCAUCAUCCUGAUUUGGCGCGCAUUUGCUUUCCUCUGCUGCCGGAACAAAGAGAAGAGCGGUGCCGGGGCCGGUGCGAAAGUGGUCAAAGUGGCGGAUCCUGGAAGAGGAAACGUGCAGGGAGGAGGAGCGGUAGUCGGUGGAAAUGAGAUUGGAUUUAUGACCGAAGCGAAAGACUGGGCCGGGGAGCUCAUCUCUGGGCAGUCGACGACAGGCAGAAUAUUGGUGGUGCUGGUGUUCCUACUUAGUAUAGCGUCAUUGAUCAUCUACUUCAUCGAUGCCUCACGCACUGGACACUCCACGAAAGGUGAUGGAGUGGAGAUGUGCCAAUCAUGGGCAACCAACACCACCCAGCAGAUAGACUUAGCGCUAAAUAUAUUUUUUAUGGUCUACUUUUUUAUACGUUUUAUAGCUGCGAGUGACAAGCUGUGGUUCAUGCUGGAGUUAUAUUCUUUCGUUGAUUACUUCACUAUUCCACCGUCCUUCGUUUCGAUAUACCUGGACAGAACUUGGAUUGGGCUUCGUUUUCUACGAGCACUCAGGCUCAUGUCUGUUCCUGACAUUCUACAAUACUUAAACGUUCUUAAGACCAGCAGUUCGAUCCGCCUAGCACAGCUGGUAUCGAUAGUAAUCAGCGUUUGGUUGACAGCUGCGGGUGUCAUUCACCUGCUCGAAAACUCCGGAGAUCCCUUGGAUUUUGUAAAUCCACAGAGCUUGACUUACUGGGAAUGCGUAUAUUUCUUGAUAGUGACCAUGUCAACGGUCGGAUACGGAGAUAUCUACUGUCAAACGUCCUUGGGGCGGGCCUUCAUCGUGUUUUUUAUUCUCGUCGGUUUGGCGGUGUUUGCUAGCUGCAUUCCGGAGAUCAUUGAUCUGAUUGGUUCCCGGCCAAAAUACGGGGGGACCUUCAAGUCCGAACGAGGUCGAAGGCAUAUCGUAGUUUGUGGACAUAUUACCUACGAGUCUGUGUCUCACUUUCUUAAGGAUUUCCUUCAUGAGGACCGUGAAGAUGUUGAUGUAGAAGUUGUGUUUUUACACAGAAAACCACCGGAUUUAGAGCUGGAGGGGUUAAUUAAAAGGCACUUCACAACAGUGGAGUUUUUUCAAGGCAGCGUCAUGAACACAAUUGACCUCCAGCGAGUAAAGGUUCACGAAGCAGAUGCUUGCCUGGUGCUAGCCAACAAAUACUGUCAAGAUCCCGAUGCAGAAGAUGCUGCCAACAUUAUGAGGGUCAUCUCCAUCAAAAACUAUUCAGAUGAAAUCAGGGUCAUCAUCCAGCUCAUGCAAUAUCAUAAUAAAGCUUAUCUUUUAAAUAUACCUAGCUGGAACUGGAAACGUGGCGAUGAUGUCAUCUGUGUAUCUGAACUAAAACUGGGCUUUAUAGCCCAAAGCUGUCUCGCACCUGGCUUCUCAACAAUGAUGGCCAAUUUGUUUGCCAUGAGGUCAUACAAAACAUCACCAGACAUGCCAGAAUGGCAGAACGAUUAUUUGUGCGGCACAGGAAUGGAAAUGUACACGGAGAAUUUAUCGCCAUCAUUUGGUGGAAUGACCUUCCCUCAGGCAGCGGAGCUCUGCUUCGUUAAGCUAAAACUUCUCUUAUUAGCCAUCGAGAUACCAAACGAAGACAGCUCUGACACAAAAAUUACCAUCAACCCAAAGAAAAAAGUAAAGAUCGGCCCAAAUGCGCAAGGAUUUUUUAUGGCUCAGUCAGCUGAUGAAGUAAAAAGGGCAUGGUACUACUGUAAGCAUUGUCAUGAAGAUGUCAAAGAUGAGAAGUUAAUCAAGAAAUGCAAAUGUAAAAAUCCCAAAGAUCCAAAACAGAAAGUGGCGCUGUUUAAGAAAGGUGUCAGAGCUGUCCAAGUUGUUGGACGGGCAAAAUAUUUUAUCUCAAGAACCGGAAGUGCAGUUGAUAUUGAGGCUGAAGUAUCUGAAUCAGAUAAUAAUGAGAGCGUACACAACUCUACAUUCCCAACCUUCACGCCUCCAGAAAUACCCAAGAGGGUGAAACUAAGAGACGCUACUAAAAAUCCAAACGAAUUCAGCAACAUCGCAGGGCAAAUCGGAGGACGUCAUAACGCCACGCAUCACGGAAGUCAAGGAACUACUGCUGUGCAUGGCACUACGCCCCGCCAACGAAAUUCUACGACAGGUUUAAAGCCCCAGAGAGCACCCGGAGCCAAUCCGGCAACGCCUCUUUUAACAUCGCCGGCUCCAAAAAACGGCGUCGGAGGGCUUGGACAACCUGCUACUAAUACCGGAUUAUUUCCAAGCCCGCUGGCUAACACAACGCACGGCGCCAGGACCGACGACACAUUUGCUGGCUUACACCUAGCCUAUGAAGUGAAAAAACUCAUGCCCACAAGCAGGGCAGCUGGUACUAAUGGAUCAAACAAACAAGAAGGUCCUUUGGCAGUUGGACUUGCAGAUGAUCAAGCAAAAGAUUUCGAUUUCGAGAAAACCGAAAUGAAAUAUGAUUCGACAGGCAUGUUUCACUGGUGUCCGGCAAAAUCACUUGAAGAUUGUAUUUUGGAUCGUAAUCAAGCUGCAAUGACUGUUCUGAAUGGCCAUGUUGUUGUGUGUCUCUUUGCUGAUCCAGACUCACCUCUAAUUGGACUUCGGAAUCUUGUUAUGCCGCUUCGCGCCAGCAAUUUUCAUUACCACGAACUAAAACAUGUUGUCAUCGUUGGAAACGUUGACUAUCUUCGCCGAGAGUGGAAGAUGCUACAGAAUCUACCCAAAAUCUCUGUACUAAAUGGCUCACCGUUGAGUCGAGCAGAUCUACGUGCAGUUAACAUCAAUCUCUGCGAUAUGUGUGUGAUUUUAUCUGCAAAAAUACCAAGCAGUGAUGAUCCAACGCUUGCGGACAAGGAAGCCAUUUUGGCUUCAUUGAAUAUUAAAGCUAUGACAUUCGAUGACACAAUAGGAGUAUUAACACACAAUCCUGGAGGUCCAGAUGCCUUAUCCCCCCUCGGUAGUCCGAUUGUGUUGCAAAGAAGGGGAUCUGUGUACGGAACAAACGUUCCGUUGAUUACAGAAUUAGUGAACGAUACUAAUGUACAGUUUUUAGACCAAGACGAUGAUGAUGAUCCUGAUACUGAGCUCUAUUUGACCCAGCCUUUCGCCUGUGGCACUGCCUUUGCUGUCAGUGUCCUGGAUUCUUUGAUGAGCACAACGUAUUUUAAUGCGAACGCCCUCACCCUGAUCCGAUCAUUGGUUACCGGGGGAGCAACACCGGAGCUGGAACUGAUCCUGGCAGAGGGCGCAGGACUCCGUGGUGGCUACAGCACUCCAGAGUCACUGGCUAACAGAGACCGUUGUCGCGUGGGCCAGAUUUCCUUAUAUGAUGGACCCCUCGCUCAGUUUGGGGAGGGAGGUAAAUACUGCGAUCUGUUCGUAUCGGCCCUCCGCAGCUACGGCAUGCUUUGCAUCGGGCUCUACCGGUUCAGAGAUACCAGCUCAUCGUGCGAAGCCUCCUCGAAGCGCUUCGUGAUCACGAACCCUCCAGCAGAUUUUCCACUCCUUCCCACAGAUAUGGUGUUCGUGCUGAUGCAAUUCGAUCCUGGCCUUGAAUACAAACCGAACCGAGGGGAAGAACCGAAAGAGGAUAACUCCUGACUCCUGCACUGUAGCGCCUUGACGGAUGGGCCUUACUCUUUCAUAUAAAUUCUCUCUUGUCUAGGGGGUGGCAUCCCUAAACAUCAGUCACGACAGUUGCGCCAAAAUAGGAAACUUGUUUUCCUGAAUUUUUCAAAAAUCACAUCAGUGGCUGACUGUUUUGCAGAAAUGCAUAAUGUUGACUGAUUAUGUUUAAGAGAGAAUUGAAUUUUUGGCUUGUAGAAGUCAGUCUAAAUAAUUAGUUUUAAAAGUUCUCUAAAAUUAUUAUGACAGUUGUGCUUAACAAAAGCAUUGCGGUUAUUAUCUUCUGUUCUGCUUUUACUUUGUUCAUUUUUUUACUUUAAUUUUUUUUAAUUUUGUUUAUUUUUUACUCAUUUUUUUUAAAUUUCUAGCUGAAAAUUAAAAUUUUAUUCGUUCAUUUUAUUAAGUUCUAAAAUUUUGAGCCAAGGCUCCUUGCCAAGGACGCUACAGUGAAAACAAGAAAGAAAAAAAGUAUUGAUUUAACCAAAACAGGAUCUUUGUUCUUCAGCGAAGAACGACAUGGGUGAAAUCGUCUUGUGUACAGAGGUUUUUGUGUUUAAUAAGUCGUCAUUCCUUCAGGUGGCGCUAUCGGGUGUAUUCCGUUGCAGCUAUCCAAGAACAAUGGCGAUAUGCAGUAGUAGAAAAUAUCUAUGUAAAGUUAUAUAGAGAUUUAAGUCUUAAAUGAACCUUUAAAUAUAAGAAAAAAAUCUUGGACACUUCACAAAAAAAACUGAGGCUCAAAGACCUUCUCCUUUUCGGUGGUGCAUGUUGGAAAUACAAGUGACCAACGAUAUUUGCAUUCUUUGAUUCUUAGUGCCAUAAGUGUAGUUCUUUAACAUGUUGACUCUGCCAAUGGACAAUACUUUAAUUGGCCAGUUUGUGUCCUCCAGCUUUUCCUUAAUUUGUCACACACGGUGGCACAUCUUUGGCUCAUGGUGCAAUUUGAGAUUCCAAAAUCUGGGAAAAAGUCAAUAUAAAAAAAAUUGGAAGCAGAAAAAUUUUGAAAUUACUCUGCGAAUGGAAAUUAGAUUAAAAGAAACGUUCAUUUCAGCUAAGGCAACUUUAGCAACUACCUCUGGGAAGUGCCAUCUGACCUUUUCUAAUAACUUAGAAAAGCUUUAUCGAAGCCUUCCCUAAAUGGCCUGUCUCAGUUGUGCCACUGGAGUGACAACUUAUAAAUAUCUAUGUGCGUUUGUAGUCUUCAUUUAUAGUUAUCAAACAGAUGGUAACUAAUGUUGUACGUUUAUCUCAGUGAUUACCUUCUGAAAAUGCAAUCAACGUUAGAUUCAAAAGUUAAAUCUUCUUCUUACUCUAAUAUUCAUACAUUAUAUACAACUGGUAGUAGAUAAUGAUAAUACAUAACUGAAUCUUACAAAUGUAUAUAAGACUGAAUUUAUCGAUAUUCAUCUCACAGCGCAAGACAAUAGAAAACUUUACUUAGUAUGCGACUGGUGAAAAUCUAAUAGAGGUUGAAAACUUCAAAUUAAAAAAGAAAAUUGCCUGAAAGAUUUUUUUCUCAAUUCAGUUCAUUCGAACUACAUUAAAUGAAAUGCUAUGCAGAUAUCGAUAGAAUAGCAGUGCAUGUUUGUGAAUCCCCUUCAUCCAGAUUCAUAAAUAUUAGUAACAAAGUACUUUAAACUUCAUUAAACCAAGUCACUCGUUCUGUAAACAAAAAAAAAAAAAAAAAAAAAAAAAAAAAUUUAAACUUGAUGCCUCAUAUUAAACAAAAGGCCACAUUAAUUAAAACUCUUUUUUGGCAUCAAAAUAUUCGCAUAAUGUCCCUAUAUGUGCAGCAACUGUAGAAUAUGUCCCAGAAGGGAACUGAUUUUGGGAAUAAUAAAACACAUAAUAUGCAAAAAAAUAUUCUUAUCGAUCACUUAAUAAGAAAAAGUUAAAGACUUAAACAAAAGUGAUAAUAAAUAUGCUAGAUUAGGUCUUUUAUCUCUCAAUUAAAAACAAUGGAUAACUGCUUCUGUGUGCAUAAUAGUUUCAUUAAUAAAGCUGCUUGUCUCAAAAGCCACUGAAGAAUAAAUCUGUCUCAAGAAAAACAAGGGAAGCAAAAAUUGCUAACGUAGACGAGGAUCGAACCCCAGUUUCGGAGGGAAAUAUUUUGUACUCUCGACCCCCUAGCACAUAUAAAGCAGUUAUCCAGUACAUUUAUUUAUACGCUCAUUGUUCUCAUGACAUCUCAUACUUUUUCUAUUUCGUUUUCCUAAAUACAAUCGAAAUAUCUUCGAAGAAUUUCGAAAUAUGAAUAUUAUCAGUUGCUAAUGAAAUUUACAUCUAUUUAUUCAGUUAAUAUUGUUUUAAAACAUAAAGUCUUUUCGGCUAAUAUGUUUUAUAUCUAAUAAAAUAUUUCAUCGGGUUACAUUUUUUUGUGAGUUACCUUAUUUGUUGGUAAAACAAAAUAAAAUUAUGAUAAUACGUUAAUUCAUUGCAUAAUUAUCUCAUUAAAGCAUAAACCCCAUCAUUAAAAUAGUGAUUCGUGGAAUAAAAUAUUACGCAAAAAAAAUUUAGCAAUGCGUGAGAAUUUUACGAGCAAAACCCAGUUUCAGUGCCAAUAGUUAUUGUAAUUAUUAUCGCAGCCCCCAAUUUGUUUAUACUAAGCAUACUGUAAGAAAACAUUUCAAUCCAUUGAGAGAUAAAAGAAUUUCUAUUAUCAGUUGCUGCACAUUUCUCCUUCUAUAAGUAAGAUGUAUGAAGAAAAUAAUUUCCAUCCGAAACUGUGGGUUUGCAGUGAAGGUAUCGUCUGUGAUUAAUAAUUGCUAAAAGCCCUUGUUUUAUGCAAAAGAAGUCCUUCGGUGGCUAUUGGGGAUAACAUUCUUGCACUGGUUCGUAAUUUUCGUCUUAUCUGCAUUUGAUCUGUGAAUGUAGACCUGCUCAAUACGAGUUCAUUAGACAAUUUCGCAUUAGUGUUCUAUAGUUUGUACGACAUCACAAGGCAAGAAAUAUACAGACAGCGAGUUAUGAAAUUCGAAGGAAAAAAAAAAGAAAUCCGACUGUUUAUUAACAAAUUCUAUUUAUUUUGAAAGAUUUUGUCAAAACUUCUGAAUGGAAUAAUGAAAUAAAUAGAAUUUUGUGCAAGUCUGCAUCAGUUGAUCUCUUUCAUAGAUAAUUGAAUUAAAUGAUUUAGUACAAAAAGCUAUUAUCGUUUGAUGUUUCGAGUUUCACAUGUAUUAAAAUUCAAUAUCUUCUUUAAAUUUAAUGUUAAUGAAGUAUCUUCAAUGCGUAGGCUCUUAUAAUUAUUCAUGUUUCGUAAAACUGAAUUACGAAAGAAAUCACCAGUACCAGUUUUAUGUUCAUAUUGCAAACAUCUGAAAUGUAGUAAAGGAACCUAAUUCUGUAGAGAAGACUCAUCUUUAAGUUUUCAUAGAUCUUAGCAGUUUGACAUUACUCUCUACUGUGUGAUGUUGUACAUACCGAAAACACUAAUUUCUAAAUAUAAACUAACUAGACAAUCGAGUGGCAUCGUGCAACAAACACAGCUUGGUUUAUAAUCUAAUUUAUAAUAUAUGUUCUGACUUGAUCCCAGAUAAUGAUGUUGCUUAUCUGCAAAAUUUGUUAAUAAAGCAAAGGAUAUACUAAUAAAGGUAACUUUGAAGCUUUA